UACUUACAGUGACUGCAGAUACAGAAGGACGAGUUACCGACCAAUAGGGAACACCAGCGCCAUCUAUCAAAAAUCAGCGGAAACUGCUUACCGACUUACCAUCGGAAAGUCGAUAACUCGUCGAGUAGUUUGAGCCGUUUGUGUAUAGAUGGCGCUGCUGUCGAAAACAGGAGUACACCCUCCUCUCUGUUCGACGUCCGAAGACGGACUGACGCGCUUCAGCGCGAAGCAGCUAAUUUAUAAGUCGAAUUUCCGCUUCAUCGCCGCGCAUGCGUAACUAAAAGGAUUAUAAUUUUCAAAUAUACACGUGCGAAAAUUUUACGACUGCCUGAAUAGGCGUAAAAAAAAAUGUUUUUCCGAUACGCUUUACGCGACUAAUAAAAUGAAUUUAAUCCAGUGUUUGUGAUUUUAAACAAAGGUACCUACUCAGUUUUUAGCAAUAAACCGGAAAUGGAGGACAAAGAUGCGCUACUGAUACCGGGUCAAUUGAUUCGACCUCCAACUAACAAACAAAUAGCAUCUGAUCUUUUGGAACAGCAUUACGGGUUAAAGGCAUUAAAUGUAACCGAGUUGAAUGCGUAUGACGAUAGAAACUAUCACGUAAUUUGUCAGGAGUCUCACAGGAAUCCCCAUAUAAACGCUAUCAGCACGCACGGUUACGUUCUGAAGAUCGUCAACUCUUUGGACUCACGGAAAGGUCACGUGAUAGAGGCACAGACUGAGAUGUUGAUCUACCUGAAUCAACAAAAUAUUAAUUGUCCUUUACCAAUUAAAAAUCUGAACGGUUCUUACUAUUCCCUGGUAAAGCUGAACGUUGAUGGUUGCAGAGAUAGUUACGCCAUCAGAUUACUCAUCUAUAGACCUGGUGAACUGUUACAUCGGGUACCGAUUACCAGCGAAUUGCUUCGAAACGUUGGUAGUUUUAUAGCCAGGUUGGACAACGUUCUGAUGGGCUUCUCCCAUCCUGCCUACAACGACCAUAAAACGUUGUGGAUGUUGAACUCUGUACCAAAACUGCGACAGUUCACUUACGCUCUGAAAGAUACAUUUGAAAGCGACUUGGCGCACCAGGUGAUAUCUACUUUUGAGAAAGACAUUCUCCAGGUGACAUCGCAACUCGAACAGGGAAUAAUACACGGCGACCUGAACGAGCAGAACGUCGUGAUGAGCUCGAAUGGCAAAGAGAUAUCUGCAGUGAUCGAUUUCGGGGAUUCCCAUCGGACUUGUUUGAUCUUCGAGCUAGCUAUUACCUUGUGUUACAUGAUUUUGCAGGCUGGCGAUGUGGCGAUGGGUAAACACGUCGUGGAAGGAUAUCAGGAUGUUAGGAAGCUGACGGAUCUUGAAAAGAAAAUCUUGAAGACCACUGUGUGCGCUAGAAUAUGUCAAAGUUUAGUCAUGGGUGCUUACUCUUACCUUCACGAUCCGCAGAACGAGUACUUGCUCGUCACCCAGAAAUCGGGAUGGUCUUUGCUGAAGAAAUUGUGGCCACUUAGUCAGGAUCAGGUACUUCAAGAUUGGGGAUUGAUGGACUGAAGGAAAUGCGUAGAAAACUGUUGAAUUUCUGUAGGACGUUCAUUAUUUUCUAUGUCAAUUAUUAUCAGGUUGAUGCAUAUGAAAUGAUAAAAGUUUCAACUUCUUUUCUUAAUGUGUAUCGAAAAUUGUGCUAGUGCACUUUCAUCUGCAACAACUUAAUUAUUUUAAUAUCUAUUGUCAAUUAAUUGCGCAAUAAACGUAGAUAGUAGAUGAAUUGUCUGUACCUUCCGUAGAGUAUCUGAAAUAAAUGAACCGAGGUAUUGUGCAGUGAUAUAUCCUCUGGUUUUAUUCGUAUUUUUAGGCAGUUACAUAUUUACAUAGAUAUAAUGAACAAUAAUGCUCUUCGUAUAAUAGUAUGGAGUCACUUUACAUAGCUAGAUCGUGGUAUAUACAAAAAUGCAGGUAUCAGAAAUCAAUUGGCGGUAAAUGUGUAACUGGUAGACAACAAUAAAGAAAUGCAUAUUAAUUGGAUCGAACAACAAUCAUCGUGGACUUAAAUGUUAACCAAAUUACUUAUAACAUAUAGAAUUUUUUUUUUUACAAAUAUUACCGCGAGACGAUACAUUUCGAUUCUGCAUAAUACCUGCGUUUAAGGUGGUGAAAGUCAUUGUUUUUUAUCCGUGUGUGCUUUCAUAUAACUUAUGUAGCUUGUAAUAUAUAUAUAUAUAUAUAUACCUUUUUUCUCGAUUUCAAUAAUAUACUAAUUUUUUUAUAUCUCAUUUUCAUUCACGUCAGUUCGUUUUUGGCAAACUGUCUAGCUGUGUUGAGGCAAAUUCGUUGAUAGCGAAAAUCUGUUCACAGUACCGUAGAGAACCUAUUUGAAAUAAAUGAAAAUAUUAAUAUUUUA